AUGAGUUUGAACAAUGCUGCCGUGCGCAUGGAUAUGGUGGCCAAGACAGCACGCGACAUCAUCAAUCGGCAUCCGCAGUCAACUCUGACGUACCCAUCUUUCAAGUCCACUUCAAAAGUCCGGCUCGCGUCGUUCAUGCAAACGUCCAUCGAGAUGUCAAUCUCCAUUUUUGACGCAAAACUGCAGGACCUGGCUACCUUGACUUCAGAAACGACUGUUGGUUUCGACUCGGAGCAGCUUGGAGCGGUAAGCGGCUCGUGUGCCGCAGAGAGCCUUUUGAUGACGUCGUACGUGAGCUCAAAGAAUACAGUGAUGAUAAGUGAUACACAGAAAGAUUUGGCGGAGAAGAAAGAGUACAAUCCACCGAAAUGCUUCAAAGUUCCGUCAAACAAACCUUCCAAUGCAGAAGUCGCGUCUCUGCGAGAGGUCGGAGGAGAGUUCUGUACCUCCUACAAUCGGUACAAUGCUCCAAGAAGUACCAACUUCCUGGUCUCCGCGACCACUACUCCCAGUACCACCACAGAAACUCGAACGGAGACUAUCGUGCAUGUUUCAACCUCAACAACAUUCCUCACUGAACAUACCAUGUUCACGGUCACAUCAGUCGUGCCAAGCACACAUUGGAUCCUGACACCUGGGGCCCAGCAGCUAGAGACUCAUUUCAAGAAGCGGGACGUCCCUGCCGCUACAAUUAAUUCGUUGGUUCGACAUCCGCACUCUCCACCCGCAGUGACUGCACCGACCUUCGCGAAGCGCGCCGUCGCAACACCUGCCAUGGUCGCAGGCUGGGAACCCACGAAAAUAUCAUACGCGUGCUCGCAAAUCGCCACCGGUACGGUCACCACGUCCUCCUACCAAUCCACAUCCACCGUCUAUUCCGGUGUCUCCACCGUUUUUAGCACUAGGACCGUCGGCGUGCAAGGACCAUUGGUGACCCAGUCUGUCACCUAUACGGUACCGCAGUACACCACGACAACCGUCACGGAAGGCGUGGUCACUUCUACUAGAGCCACCUCCUGCCCGCUGCAGACCCAGGUGUCGUGCUUCACAAUCACUGGCCACGGCGCUCCUCACAUCGAAGGCAAACCCCUUGGCAUGAAGGACGGGGAUGGCAAUCCUAGGUUCGAUAUCAACAUCGCUGAGCCAGGCGUGUUCUACCUAACCACCAACGGCACCUUGAUCGGCUAUCAAACGCCCUCCAAUCCAGGCAGCACCGAGCGGGUCGCGCUGUGUGGCUCCAGAGACAUAGAGUGGAUCAUGACGAUGAAACUGUGGGCGUAUCCGUCAUACCAGCGCGCGAUGUGCAGUCGAGAUUGCACGACUAAGACGCUGACGUGCACGACUAAGACGCUGACGUGUACGAACGCGGUGGAUGGUAGUGAUGUGAUGCACGUGUACAAGAACGCCGAUGAGGACUAUGACUCGUGGUAUGGGUAUGUGGACGAUCGGGAGUGGACACCGCGAUGGGGGACGGAUGAGGGCACGUGGUUUCGUACGGUUUAUCCCGUUCAACUGAGGUGGGAGGAGGAGUGCCCGUGUCAGUACUGA